AUGCUUGAAAAUCAAUUCACUUCUAUUAUCGCUUCUAUUCAGUUUAUUAAUUAUGUAUCUCCUUCUUCUCAAGAUAAUAAUAUAAUUACUCGAACUCAAAUUAAAACUUCAAAACAAUUUAAAGUUAUAGAUAAUGAAUCAAAUUAUGAUGAAUCAAUUCCAAGCAGUAAAUUUUGGUCAGAUUCAGAGACAAGAACCUUAAUUUCUUAUCUAUCAGACAAUUUUGAUUUGUAUCAUAAAAAUAAAUCAAAAUUUUAUAGUAUGGCUGCAAAUAAAAUUGGUAAUAAUAGAACUAGUGCUCAAGUCAACUCAAAAAUUCAGUCACUUAGAACAAGAUAUGAGAAUGAAAAUAAAGAGGAAACUAGUAAAACUAGAUCGAAAUGGUCAUACUUGGAUGAUAUGAAUGAAAUAUCUGGAAAUAAAGAAAAUAUAAAACUAGAUUAUUUAGCAUCCAGCAUUGAUAUAAAUGAUAAAAAUGAUGUUAACGAUAAAGGUCUUGCAGUUUCAAAUUAUAAGAAACAAAAAAAUUCUGAACUUGAUCAAAUGUAUUUAGAUGAAUUAAGAUUUUUAAGAAAAACCAAAAAGGAAAAAGAAAAAUUUGUGAAAGAACAAGAGCUAAAAUUUAAAUUAGAAAUGAAACGAAUGGAAAAAGAAUUUCAAUAUAAUUUGCAAGUUAAAGAACAUGAAUUAAAAUACAAAGAAUAG